AUGGGGUACUGGGAGCGUUCCCUGUGCAGCGGCAGCAGCGGCGGCGGCGGCGGCGGCGGCGGCAGGAGCCGCUCUACCUGGCAGCGGGGUCCCAGUGGCCGCUCCACGUGGCCAUGUACCCUGUCUGCCCUGGCGUUCUCUGGGACCUGGUACACAAAGGCCACGAUAUGUGACAGGAAUCAAACGGCUGAGAAGAUCCCUAUGAAGGUGUUCCCUAUGACCGUGACAGCCCUGGAAGGAGGGGACUUAGAGGCCCAGAUAACAUUCUCGAGGAAGGGUCAGUGUCACAUGAAAAAAAUUUUGAUGCAUAAAACUGAUGAGCCUCGAAAGUACACUGCCUUCAAGGGCAAGAAGGUCAUCUAUAUUCUGGAGAUUCCUGUAAAGGAUCACUACAUCUUCUACUGUGAAGGCCAGCGCCACGGGAAGUCACAUCGGAAGGGGAAACUCGUGGGGAGAGACCGUGGGGAAAACCCACAGGCCAUGGAAGAAUUCAAGAAAUUUGUAAAGAGCAAGGGAUUCAGAGAAGAAAAUAUCUUUGUACCUGAGCAGAUGGAUCAAUGUGUGGCUGGGAGUGACUAGGGGACAUGCAGACACUUGCCAGGUCACAGGUGUAAGAGACAGAGUGGCUGUCCAGCAAUAACUGCACAAAUGCUUCAGGAUAGAAGACCACUGGCCAGUGUCUACCACUCUGCUGUAUUCUCUUUGGCACAGCAGCCCAUCAUGCAUGCACUUGCUGAUCCUGCCCUAAUGCCAACUCAGUUCUGAGACAUCCUUUGAGCUUCCCAAC